AAGCUUAGAGCUUCUACUUCCUCCUCCGCCCAUUCCAGUGCUAGCCUCUGGCCUCACCAAUGGGCUGGCAAAAGAAAAAGUCUUAGGUUUAAAGUCCAACAGGUAGAGGUUCCAGACCUAGGAUUCCUGUGUUCCCUGCGCAGUAUCGGGACACAUGGCCAGAGCUGGUGGGAACCUGGGGGUCUGGGGGAGCUUGGUGCUACUGGGUCUGAGCAGCUGCACUGUGCCCUGGGCGGCUGCUCUAAAUGCAGUGAGUAACCUGAAGGCAGAGGCCCAGACCACCAGCUCCAUCACCCUGAGCUGGGAGGCCCCAAACGAUCCGGACCCUGAAAACCUGACCUACUGGGUUCAGUGCCGUAGAGAUGAUAACAUACAUAAAACUAUAAACACCACAGACACCAUCUUAACGGUAGAUGGACUUGCUCCGGCUUCCUCAUACGAAUUUUCCGUGUGGGCAGAAAAAGAUGGAACCAAUAGCACCCUGAAGACCAUC